AGCAUACAAAGCAGGAGGCGGUACUGACAACACAUACAAGUACGCGCCGAUUUGUAGCUUGAUAUGGAUAAUCCCAGUAAACACGCUAGGCACAAAAGUCAUCGCAAAACAAAUCCAGGAUCUUAUCACGCCGUCUCCGGAACGGCACGAGAACAAGAUACAAUCUAACAGCUACUCGCCUGUCAGUAUAGUAAGCCAAUUGAGAACACCGCGGACCUGAAGAUCAAUGCUGUCGCGUCCACGAUGAUGCGUCGUUCCCCACGCGCGAUAAGGUUUACUAGUGACAUCAUUCCUCGCAAAAAUGCCUGGGCAGCGUAACAAAACACAGCCUACUUUCUAACAAGGUUGCGCUACCCAGACCUGCCACGUUGAUCGAUUCUUGUCUUGGUACGCGCCUUGGAUAAAUACCGCAAAGUAUAUACUUCGCGACUGCAGCCGUUAUGAGCUCGUCGUGGCUGCCGCUCGACGACAACGGCGAGAUGCACGACCCCCUUGAGGAGCUGCGCAACCCGCGUCAGGCCAAGAAUGACUUUUUGAAGUAUUUGAAAGAGGAGGUGUUCAAGUUGAACUUUUAUCGCGCACAUAUGCUGUAUUUCAUUGUUGUUAUUGCGAUAUCGUCGGUUAUUGUUUAUGGGCAGGGUCUUGCUGAUGGACCGAAGGAGUAUGGAGAUGCGCAUGUGACGUACACCGACGCGCUGUUCUUAUGCACCAGUGCUAUGACAACUACAGGGCUCAAUUCGGUAGACCUCGGAGAUCUCUCCGGCUUCCAGCAAGCGACCUUCGCUGUGCUGCUAAUGAUUGGCAACAUACCAUUUGUAUCGACAGCUGUAGUGCUCAUCAGAAGAGCACUCUUCCGGAAAAAGAUGGCAGAUGUCGUCAAGCAUUCGCACACGAUGCAAAGACUCGUAAGAGAUAUCGAGAACAGUCAUUCAGAUCGAAACGAAAGUAGCAGCAGUACCGGAAGCCUGCGCCAGCGAUCGAAUGCAAAACAAAGCCCGACAGGAAAGAAUGUACAAGAAGGGAAUGAGGAGCCUCCGCAAGCAAAGAUGUAUCCAAAGUCCAGAAGACGCACAUAUCACUACGAGACCGGGUUUGGCUUCAUACCAACACCUUGGGAGAUCAAGUCCGCACGCAAUUUCUUCAGCCGCAUUCUGGACCGCUUUUCGACAGAGUUGAAACCCGAGAAACACGACUACGUCUCUUUCAAGCCGCAUCUCGACUCCAAGGGUCGAUUCCGCGAGCUCAGUGAGCAAGAUCGCAUGGAACUUGGGGGUGUGGAGUAUCGUGCACUUCAAGCUCUGUUGCUUAUCCUGGUCGGCUACCAGAUCUUCUGGUAUUUGCUUGGUAUCACUUUCCUGAUACCGUAUGCGUACCGUGACGAUACCAAGAGCACACUGUAUCAAGAGCAACCAGGUGCCAUCAACCCAGGAUGGUGGGCAUAUUUUGCGACAGUGACGGAAUUCUCCAACGGUGGACUCAACGUACUCAAUGCUAAUUUCAUUCCCUUCAGCGGAAAUGCGUAUGUUUUGCUUGUGGCUGCAUGUUUGGCGUUCGCUGGUCAGACGCAGUUCCCGAUUUUGCUCCGCAUCACGAUAUGGGUAUUGAAGAAGUUACUGCCAAAAGAGUCUCGUAUCAGGAACACGAUGCAAUUCCUUCUACAGCAUCCGCGACGUUGUUUCAUCUACCUUUUCCCCAAGCGCGAGACAGUGUACCUGUUUCUUGUUCAGCUGGGCAUCGACAUCACAGCCUGGCUUUGCUUCGAGAUAUUGAACAUCGGCAUGCCAGAUGUCGAAGCUCUAUCCACUGGCGCUAGAGUAGUAGAUGGACUCUUCAUGGCCAGCGGAUUACGUACUAGCGGCGCAUACAUCAUCAACAUGAGUUCGCUCGCACCUGCAUGUUUGGUGGCGUAUCUAGUCAUCAUGUACAUCUCGAUCUACCCCAUGACGUUGGUACUGCGGAAGACGAACACGUACGAAGAGAAAUCGAUCGGACUGGAAGAGAAUGACAGCAGUGCCGCAGGCGUAGCAUCUCAUCUGCAGAAGCAGCUCGCCUACGACAUCUGGUUUCAGUUCUUUGUCUUCUUUCUUAUAUGUAUCAUUGAGCGAGGUCAUAUACUGAACGCAGCUCCUGGAUUCAGCGUCUUCUCGAUAUUAUUCGAAGUCACAUCGGCAUAUGGCACUGUCGGCUUGAGCCUGGGUGUACCAGGCAAGAACACCAGCCUGUGUGGCGACUUUGCAAGCUUAAGCAAAGUCGUUCUGAUGGCUGCGAUGCUACGGGGUAGACAUCGUGGACUGCCUUUGGCGAUCGACAGAAGCAUUCUUCUACCCGGCGAAGAGCUCAUGCAUCGUAUGGAUCAAGAGUACAGCGCGAGAGGCACAGAUAACGCACAAGAAGAGGCAGAGCUGAGAAAUGACAUUGAGUCAAGUGGCGAACAACAACAGAAAGGUGGAAAGGGUGACCAAGAUCCAGAGGACAGGAGAGGGUCGCAACCGGACAACGAGGCUGGUCAGGAAGGGGCGGGAGAGACAGUCGCGGAGUCCAACCCCUGAUGAAGAAGGGCCGCAAGCACAGUGCAGCCGUGGUCCUCUCGGGAAUACUGUCGGCCAAACAUCACCCCAGACAGCCACAACGAUUACGUUGUGACAGUCACGAGAGUCAGCUGACCCAACGUCUCCACGGUCCGACACAACCCUUUAGCAGUCACGCGUUACACACGCAUUAGGCGACUACACCGACGCAGGCUUUCCUAUCGCCUUAUGCACCACC